UAGUGACGAGAAUUUGUCCGCAUUCAGUCUGUAACAGCCGCAUAAAAAGAAAGGGGAAAAGAGUGUUGUCUCACGUACGGUACCGCCAUAUCGCGACCAUGGCGCUCGUAGGCCUGUCGCUCGUUUUAGCAUCCGUGGUCUACGCCGCCAUUUGGAAGCCGUCCUUCAUCCAAACCUUCCUAGCGAUAUGGCGAGGCGACCCGAGGAUUCAGCAACCACCAACGACACGUCGUCCUACCCAAGCAGAAGCGAGGUCAGACAGGGAGGAUGAGUCAAGCGCAGCGAGUGAAAGGGACGACCAACCCUCAGCCCUACCGGUACCAGCGGCAACAUCUCAGACAGCAGCUGAUCGAGCAGCCAUGCCAUCUUCGCCUCUCCCGCCCAAGCUCGUAACUGAACAACCUAGCCACGAAACAGCAACGAGCGCAUCUCCACAGACGACACCCAAGGCAACGCCCUCGAUAAAUCUAGAUGGAGAUGGUAUACCCUCGUUCUCCCUCUCGCCCUCCCCGCCCGCCUCAUCCGCCGCUAUCGCGCGCGCCGCCGAAGCUCAAACCGCACCCGCCGCCCUCCCAACUCUCUCCGCGCCCUCUCCGCCUCCCCAAACCUCGGCGCCAGCUCUUGCCGCGCCCGCCCCAGGAGCCAUGCGCCCACCACCCCGACCUCCCGUCCUCAACAACCUCAACAACGGCCCCAGCAGCGGCGGUUCGCUCCUCGGCGUGCCCGCUCGCGGUCCCGUCCCGAACCGGCAGCACCAGUACGACCGGCAACCCGGGACCUCGACGCUCGCGCCGCCUCCCACGCACAGCAGCAAGCCGGCCAAGCCGUCGCGCAAGGUGACGCUGGAGCCCGGCCGGAGCCCGCUCGACUGGGCGCGCCUGGCCAACCACCCGUCCUCCGACCUGCGGAACCUGGGCCCGGGCGCGCCGUACCUGCGCGUGACGCCGAGCAUGCUGCGACGGCAGACGGGGCGCAAGGGCAAGGACGCGUGGACCGCGCUCGGCGGUCGCGUGUACAACAUCACGCCGUACCUGCCCUUCCACCCGGGCGGGGAGCCCGAGCUGCUGCGCGUGGCCGGGCGCGACGGGUCGAAGCUGUUUGGUGAGAUACAUCCUUGGGUUAACUACGAGACGAUGUUGUCGAGUUGUAUGAUCGGGUUGCUGGUCGAGGAGCAUGAGGCUAAGAGUACGGGAGAUAUGGAUGCUAUGGAUUAAAUCGCCUUGUACGUUGAGCUCAGUUUUCUACCUGUAAAUUCCUAGGCCUCUUGGGGUUUGUAAUAUUCACAGCAUGGUAGAGGGGGGACAGAUAAAGCAUAGCAUGGCGUGGGUCGGGCAUUUAUUAGAACGGCGAGGAAAUAAGCAAGGGCUC